UUCAACUCUUCCUGUUUUAUUUUUCAUUUUCAUUUUAAAAAAACCGGAAGGAAGCGUGUCUCGGAUCCCUUGACCAGUUUUCUCUCUUUGAUUCCGUCCGUACGUGACGAGAGCUCAACUCUUCCAUUUUCGCGCGCGCCAUAGAAACUCAACGCCAACUGCUGCACGCUUCCGCUCUUUCGUCUUACAAUGUCGCCGUGAUUGUGAAUUGGUUCGGGCAUUCGCAUCGUCUCGCCCGGUCUUCUCCCUUCUGUUUCAAUUUACAAAAACUCAUCGGGGAGGGGAGGAUUUUCGGGAGGGAAACAUGUGGGUGUUCUAUCUGAUCUCGUUGCCUUUAACUUUGGGCAUGGUGAUCGUCACGCUCAAGUACUUUGCUGGCCCAUGGGUGCCUCGCUACGUCUUUCUCACUGUUGGAUAUACCUGGUUUUGUUCCCUCUCCGUCAUUAUUCUCGUCCCGGCGGACAUCUGGACGACCAUAAGCCAUCUGCCAGAGACUGGAGUUAUUUCUUUCUUUUGGAGCUGGUCCUAUUGGAGUACAUUUUUACUUACCUGGGCUGUGGUGCCGCUUAUCCAGGGUUUUGAAGAUGCUGGAGACUUUACUGUGAAAGAAAGACUGAAGACUAGCAUCCAUGUUAACUUGGUCUUUUAUUUGGUUGUUGGAUCAAUCGGUCUUUUUGGACUUAUUCUCCUCAUUAUGAUGCACAAGAUUUGGAUGGGUGGUAUUCUGGGUUUCGCUAUGGCGUGUUCAAAUACAUUUGGACUGGUAACAGGUGCAUUUCUUCUUGGCUUUGGUUUGAGCGAAAUCCCCAAGAGUAUUUGGAGAAAUGCUGAUUGGACUACACGCCAAAAAGUUCUUUCCCAUAAAAUUUCCAAGAUGGCCGUUAAACUUGAUGAUGCUCAUCAAGAACUCUCAAAUGCUAUUGUUGUUGCUCAAGCAACAUCUAAACAGAUGUCUAAACGUGAUCCCCUGAGACCGUACAUGAAUGUUAUUGACAACAUGUUAACUCAAAUGUUUAGGGAAGAUCCAUCUUUCAAACCACAAGGUGGAAGAUUAGGAGAAAAUGAUAUGGACUACGAUACAGAUGAGAAAUCAAUGGCAACACUCAGGCGUCAUCUUCGCAGAGCAAGGGAGGAGUAUUACCGUUAUAAAAGCCAAUAUAUGGCCUAUGUUAUGAAGGCUCUUGAACUUGAAGACACCAUAAAGAAUUAUGAGCGGCGCUCGUCAACUGGAUGGAAAUAUGUUUCAACUCACAGGCCUGCUCGAAGUGGGAAGUUAGGGUUGAUCUUUGAUACAAUUGAGUUUAUGUGGCGAUGCAUCCUAAGAAAGCAUCUUGAGAAAGUCUUGGCUGUUAUACUUGGUAUCAUGUCUGCUGCAAUUCUUUUAGCCGAGGCAACCCUAUUACCAAGUGUGGAUUUGUCUCUCUUCUCAAUGCUCAUUAAAUCAGUAGGACGGGAGGAGGUGCUUGUGCAGGCCUUUGCUUUUGUUCCAUUGAUGUAUAUGUGCGUUUGCACUUAUUAUUCUUUAUUCAAGUUUGGAACUUUGAUGUUUUAUUCAUUAACACCCAGGCAAACGAGCUCUGUGAACUUGCUACUGAUUUGUUCGAUGGUUGCCAGGUAUGCUCCACCAGUUUCCUUCAACUUUCUCAAUCUCAUUCGCCUUGGUGGGAAUGUGGAAACUGUUUUUGAAAAGAGGAUGGGGAAAAUUGAUGACGCUGUCCCUUUCUUUGGAAAAGAUUUUAACAGGAUCUACCCGCUUAUAAUGGUUAUCUACACCCUUUUGGUCGCCAGCAAUUUCUUUAACCGGGUUAUUGAUUUUCUCGGAAGCUGGAAGAGAUUUAGAUUUCAGUCGGAGGUAGAUGAUAUGAAUGGUUUUGAUCCUUCAGGAGUCAUCAUAUUGGAGAAAGAACGAUCCUGGCUUGAACAAGGGCGCAUGGUUGGUGAGCACGUUAUUCCAUUAGCUAGGAAUUUCAACAGCAUAGACUUGGAGUCUGGCAGCAAUAGCAAAGAUUUGGUUGAUGUCAAAACGAGGGCGACAAACAGUGUAAUAAAUGAAGAUAUGAAUGGAAAUUCGUCAAAAUCUUCUUCUACUGAUGAUGGUCGGAAAUAUGGUUCUAGCAGAGAAGCCAUGAGCAACAAGUAUGCUGUAAUUAGAGAACAAAUCAGACAAUCAUCAUUAAACACAAAGCCGGUGGCGAACAUUGCUUCUGCCCAGGUUACCUUACUUGAUGCAGUCGAAGGUGAGUCUAGCAACACUAAUGAUAGGACAAGUUCUGUUUUGGCCUCGAAGUGGGAAUCAAUGAAGAUGGGUUUCCAAAAUUUCAAGGCUAAUAUAGGAACCAAAAAGUUUCUUCCCAUGCAACAAUCUCCAGAAACAAAUACUCUCUCUCGGCAUGAUUCAUCUCAGUCUCUUGAUGAGAUAUUUCAAAGAUUGAAACGGCCAUCAGAUCACGGGGGUUAUAGCGACGAGGAGGAUGGGACGGAAAUGAAGAGUUCCAAGGAUGGAAUAGGAAUUGAGCGAUUGAGAACUAGAUGACACCAUUUUUUUUCCCUUUAGGUUUCAGAAUUAAAGAAUGCUGUACAGUUCCAUGGUACCGGUUGAGUUCUUUACUUGCAGUUGGAUCAUAUCCUGAUGAACAGAUAGUUGUGACACUAUCCUACUAUACUGACACAUUCGUAUAUAAGCAACUAUUUUGGAAGAAUACUAGAGCAUAGAGGUGCGCUCCCGGACCAGUAAAACAACCAUGGUCCCGAAAAUCAGAGAUUGCAACUGCAAAGGUUUAUGUCUUGGCUGCAUCAGCAUUGAUUUUGAUUCACAAGUUUUGGUUCAGAACUCAGAUGCCAUACAACAGUACUAUUAUAUUGUAUAUCUCUUUCUGAUAUUUUGACAUUGAUGUCUGAAUGUAAUUGAAAGAAGUCGUGUUUUAGGAAAUGUAGGUUGAAAUUCUAGACAACGAAAGAACUUGAUAUGAAUGUUCUCGAUUGUGUUGGAUAUCUUUCAUAUAAUUGACGAUGACCCAUUAAAUAA